AUGGCUCGCAAGUGGCAAGGCAUCAAAGCUCUCGGUGUAAACACUGUCCUACUAGCCGUCACUUGGGAGGUCUUCGAGCCGAAAGAAGGCCAGUUCAAAAGAGACUUGGUCGCAAGUCUGGUUGCCCAAGCUCGCGAGACGGACAUUCGAGUCAUACUCUCUCGGUUUGGCUCUAUGAAGGGCAGUGUUAAUAACGGCAAGUCUUUUCAUCCUCCUUUCAUCGCAGCAGAGAAAGCGGCAUUUGCAGAAUUCGAACAGCAGAUCGAAGCUGCCGAUGCUGGCUAUGAUACCAUCCUGAUGUUGCAAAUUGGCAGCGAGAUUGCCUACUUGAACUGGUCCAGGGACAUUUGUGACGCAGCAUUAGCUGCGUUUGACAAUGGCAUUCCAGCUGACUACUUGGAAUUCCUCGUUCGGUCCGGCUCAGUCCUUUCCGUGGCUGAUGUUCAUGCCUGGGAAGAGUUCGCCAAUGGUCCUGAAGGCACGGAUGAGCUUUUCACGACAUAUCACAUCGCCAGCCACAUCAACUCCCUGGCAAAGAUUGCUAAAGAAACUUACUCUGUUCCAGUCAUCGUCAAUGUUGCUCUUGAACAGGCACAAGGCAGGAAGCACGGUGGCCCUCGGUCUGAGACCUUGCACCUUUGGAAGCCCUUUGCGCCCUACAUUCAUAUUUAUGCACCGCAAAUGUUUCAUGACGACUACAGCAAGAUUUUGCAGGCUCAUGGUCAAUGCGAUGAUAACAUCCGCUUGCUUUGGUCUGCAUUUGGUACUUAUGCCGCGAUUGUUGUUGUGUUGUUGAACAUCGAAGAUUCGGGGACACGGAGCCUUGAAUCCCAGAUUCUUCAGCACACCACCUUCCUUCGCCAAGCCGUCCCCUUCCUCUUAGAUGCUCAGGAUCAAGGUCAACCGCAGAUCAGAAUCGCUACACAUAUUUGGGAACUAAACAAGAUGCAUUUCACAUCUGGAGAAUUUUACAUCACCAUAAACAUGAGGAUCAAUCGUUGCAUGGGUUAUGGUCUCGCUAUCAGUCAGGGUAACAGCAAGCUCUUGCUCUUCGGCCAGAACAUCGAGAUCAAGGCCAAGUCUCGGAACGAUGACGUGUUUUCUACCCGUAUUCUCAGCUUUCGUGAGCUGGAGCUUGACGAGCAAGGGGUGCUGCAAAUCCGAAGAACAUUUAACGCCGAUGAGGCCCGCGGCCCGAAGGUUGCCAGAAUACGUUGUCAGACCUCAAUGAUUGCGGAGGUUCAGUUUCAUGGUAUCAAUAAUUGACACUUGAGGUG